CACGUUAUAACUUCGAAAGGUUUAACUGAUCUUCAAUAAAACCAACCAUAAUAUUGGUAUACAUCAAGUGUUAUUUAAAUUAGAGAAAGCAUAAAAAAAAAGUGAUUUUAGUUUCCGCUUUGUUAUAACUUUCAUUUACAAAUAAAAUGAGUAUAAUACCAAGAAUCAGUUACGAGGAAGAAUUACAAAAAAAUCCUGAAUUGAAAAACUCGGAUAUAGAAAUAUUGAAAGAAUGGUGCAAAAAGCAACCUCAUUUACCAAAAAUCACCGAUAGUGAAUUGGUAUUAUUUUUACAUAGCAAUUAUUACCGAUUGGAACCAACCAAAACUACAAUAGAUACGUACUAUACUGUACGAACUCACGUCCCUGAAUUCUUUUCUAAUAGAGAUCCACUUGGAUCAAAAUCACUUCGACAAAUAAUGAAAGUUGUUGCAAAUAUACCAUUGGAGAUGACAACGAAAGAGAGUUAUAAAAUAGUGUUCGCCAAACUACUCGAUACCGAUCCUUCACAUUAUGUUUAUAACGAUGGUAUGAAAUAUUUUAGCAUGCUUUUGGAUUACUGGCUCUAUACUGAAGGUACAGGAAUAGGCCAUAUAAUUCUUUUCGAUAUGGAAAGUGUGAGCUUUGGUCACGCAGGGCGAUUGAGUCCUAUGGGAUUGAAGAAGUUCCUUUACUACCUGCAAGAAGCUUUACCCGUUCGUCUGAAAGGUUUACAUUUUAUGAACACGACAGCAGUGAUGGAUGUUAUUCUAAAUAUGAUGAAGCCUUUCAUGAAAAAAGAAUUGAUGGAUGUGUUGCACGUGCACUCCACAUUGGAAAGUGUCGCUAAGUUUAUCCCGUUAGAAGCAUUACCGACUGAUGUGGGUGGCAAAGCAGGUUUUACCAAGGAUUUACACGAAAUAUAUACAAAAAAGAUUGAAAAUCAUCGAUCUUGGUUUCUGGACGAUGAGAUGAAUGGUCGAGUAAAUGAGGCUUUGCGACCUGGUAAAAGUAAAAAUAUAACGGAUCUCUUUGGAGUCGAAGGUAGCUUCAAAAAGCUUGAAAUAGAUUAACAUAAUGAAAUAAAUAUUUCGUAUGUAUAGUUUCGGCUAAAUCCAAACUAAGAAUGAAUAAAUAUAAUUGUUAAAAUUGGUAAUUAUUUCAAUAGAAAUAUUUUAAAUAAGGGAAAAUAAAAGAUUAAAUAAAUUAUGCUCCUAUAGUUAAUUCUUUUAUAAUUGCUUGCAUUUACUUCCAACAAAAUCUAAUCUCGAAAAAUUAUGUCAUACUUUUACGAGAAAAAUAUAUCGUAUUUUUUGCAAAAUCGUA